CUAAAAUCUUUUUUUAUGUCGUCACCAUCUACAGUUCCUCCAACGGAAGAGGAAAAAGACGGCUCAAUUCAACAGUCAAACCCGCAACCACAAGACGUGGCUGCUUCUUCCUCCGCCAUGACUCCUCCUUUCUGGUUCACUCCCAGACGGUUAUUGAUUAUAUUUUGUGUGGUUAAUAUGAUAAAUUAUUUGGAUCGAGGAACCAUAGCUAGCAAUGGUGUUAAUGGGAAGAGGAGGACUUGUGAUGACAAAGGAAUUUGCAAAUCUGCUUCUGGAAUUCAAUGUUUCUUGCAGGGAGAUUUUGACUUAACUAAUUUUCAAGAUGGUCUCUUGUCGUCUGCAUUCAUGGUUGGACUUCUAGUGUCGUCCCCAGUAUUUGCUUCCUUAGCAAAGAGCCACAACCCUUUUAGGCUUAUCGGAGUUGGAUUAUCUGUUUUUACCUUGGCUACUGCUGGAUGUGGUGCUGCACCUACCUUUUGGUUUAUUGCAAUAUGCCGGAUGCUGGUUGGCGUUGGAGAAGCUUCUUUCAUAAGUCUUGCAGGUCCAUUUAUUGACGACAAUGCUCCUAUAUCUCAGAGAACUGCCUGGCUUGCAACAUUUUAUAUGUGCAUACCCACUGGAAUUGCUGUUGGAUAUGUUUAUGGUGGACUGGUUGGGGAACAUCUUAACUGGCGCUAUGCAUUCUGGGGAGAGGCACUGUUAAUGUUACCAUUUGCUGUUUUUGGCUUUGUAGUGAAGCCAUUGCAGUUGAAAGGUUUUUCUUGUGUUGAAUCAAAAAAUGAAUCAACUCCUGUGGAGACAGUUUCUGCUGUAACUGAUGGUCCAAAUGCAUCAAUUGCGAAGGGCCCUGUUUUGGUUGGAGGUGAUGGUAUCAGUGCUGAUGAAUUGAAUAAAACAUUCAAAUCAGUAGUAGUAGACAACAUUUUGAAUCGGUUAUCUCAGUUUUGGAAAGACAUGAAAGUGCUUUUGGUGGACAAAGUUUAUAUUGUAAAUGUUUUAGGUUAUGUAGCAUACACUUUUGUCCUUGGAGCAUACUCAUAUUGGGGGCCAAAGGCUGGUUAUAAUAUUUAUCAUAUGAAGAGUGCAGAUAUGUUGUUUGGAGGUAUUACAGUUGUUUGUGGGAUUUUGGGAACAAUAGCUGGUGGCUUCAUCCUAGAUCGCAUGGGUUCUACAAUAAAUCAUGCUUUUAUCCUUCUUUCAGGUGCAACAUUUCUGGGUGGAAUAGCUUGCUUCUCUGCUUUCUGUCUCAGGAGUUUGUAUGGUUUCCUGGUACUCUUUGUUGUGGGCGAAUUACUUCUUUUUGCAGCACAGGCUCCAGUCAAUUUCAUUUGUCUCCAUUGUGUCAAACCGAGUUUGAGGCCAUUGUCUAUGGCAAUGUCUACUGUCGCAAUUCAUGUAUUUGGCGAUGUGCCUUCAUCACCACUUUUUGGGGUUGUCCAGGAUCAUAUUAACAAUUGGAGGAAAACUUCACUUAUGUUGACUUCUAUCUUCUUUCUUUCUGCUGGAUUCUGGUUUAUAGGUGUUUUCCUGCCUAGUUUCGACAAGUGUAAUGAUGAAAGUGAAAGUCAAGUCUCUCCAAACCCAUUGGCCAAUAAGCCAUUGCCUGGUGGAAACGGAGAUAAGGGUUCUGGUGAAGUCUAAGGCUUUAAGUUCCGACCUCCAUGCUAAUAACACUCGCACUUCUUUGUUUCGUUGCAAUGUUCCCCCUCAGUGAUUAGAAGUUCCCAAAUUUA